AUGGCUGAUGAAAAUAAUGAGAUGAAGGAGGUCAAGGACGAGCAAGAACUCGCACCUUUUGAUCCAACCAAGAAGAAAAAGAAGAAGAAAGUUGUAGUUCAGGAUCUUAUCGAGGAACCUACUGAGUCACAGGGGGAGACAUCUGAACCUUUGCCUGAGCAUCCUAAUGACGAGGAAGAGGCGGAGGGUGUUGAACUGCAGCAGCAACGUUAUCCCUGGGAGGGAAGUGAUAGGGAUUACAUAUACGACGAGCUUCUUGGUAGAGUCUUUAACAUUCUCCGUGAAAACAAUCCGGAGCUUGCUGGAGAUAGGCGUCGUACAGUUAUGAGGCCACCUCAAGUACUUCGUGAGGGGACAAAGAAGACUGUGUUUGUCAACUUUAUGGACCUUUGCAAGACGAUGCAUCGUCAACCAGAUCAUGUGAUGAAUUUCUUGCUUGCUGAGUUGGGAACCAGUGGUUCGCUUGAUGGGCAGCAAAGAUUGGUUGUCAAGGGAAGGUUUGCACCCAAGAAUUUUGAAGGGAUAUUGCGUCGCUAUGUCACUGAGUACGUCAUCUGCCUUGGUUGCAAGAGCCCAGACACCAUUCUCUCAAAGGAGAAUCGUCUCUUCUUUCUCAGAUGCGAAAAGUGUGGAUCUGGACGAUCUGUGGCGCAGAUCAAAGCAGGUUUUGUUGCUCGUGUUGGGCGCAGGAAGACUUGA